CUGACUUUUCAAUAGCACAUAGGACUUAGUCUAUAGAGGCUGAAUUAGAGAAAGAUGAACAGAAUGAAGGCUGGUAGCAAGGGGAGAAGUUGAAAGUCAGAAGUGGAGGGGAAAUGAGAGGCUGAAUCAGUGCCUACAGUUUAGGGAAGUAGCCCUUUUUCUUUUUUUCUUUUUUUUUUUUUUGGUGGUGGUUUGUUGGUAGAAGAAGGAAGUCAGCAUAGAGGUAGUGUGGAGUAGAUUUAUUUAAAACAGAAACCAAAGACAAACUUUCUUGAGAAAGAAAUAACAUCUGUAAAUGAAAUGUUGUUUCUGCAAAUUCCAUUGCUAGCAGUUCUCCUCGCAACUGGCGACAAUGAAGAGGCCUUCCAGGAGGAGAUCUCCUUCAAAAUGACCUACAGCUCUUCCUUCUACAACAAUUCCUGGGUGAAAAGUCGGCACUCUGUUUGGUUGGGUGACUUGCAGACUCAUGGCUGGGACAACAACUCUAGCAGAAUUAUAUUCCUGCGUCCUUGGUCCAAGGGCACCUUGAGCAAGAAAGAGAUAAAAGACCUGGAAGAAUUCUACCGGGUGGGCAUCAUUAUAAUGCCUCAAUUAAUUCACAGACAUGCCAGUGAAUGGCAGCUUAAAUAUCCCUUUGAGAUUCAGAUAACACUGGGCUGUGAGUUGGACCCUGGGGGAGCCAUAGGAAGCUUCUAUCGAUUUGCUUAUCAAGGAUCAGAGCUUCUGCACGCCCAAAACAAUUCAUGGCUACCAUCUCCAAAGGGUGGAACAAGAGCUCAGGAUGUGUACAGAGUAUUCAAUGAGAACCAUGUCGCCAAGUAUAUAGUACAGAGGAUUCUCAGUGACAUCUGCCCACGCUUACUCUUGAGUAUUCUUGAUGCAUGGAAGGCAGAUCUCCAGAGACAAGUAAAACCUGAGGCCUGGCUGUCCACUGGCUCUAAUCCUGGUCCUGACCGUCAGAUGCUGGUUUGCCAUGUCUCUGGCUUCCAUCCAAAGCCAAUUUGGGUAAAGUGGAUGCGAGGUGAACAAGUACAACAGGGCACUCAACAAAGUGGUAUCUUGCCCAAUGCUGAUGGGACAUGGUACCUUCAGGUUUUCUUGGAGGUGGAAGCCACUGAGACAUCUGGUCUAUAUUGCCGGGUGAGACAUAGCAGCCUAGGAGGCCAUGACAUCCUCCUCUACUUGGAACAUCAUCAAGGCUCCGUGGGCUGGAUCAUCUUGGCAGUGAUGGUGCCCCUGGUGCUUCUGACAGCUCUUGCAUUUUGGCUUAGGAAGCGCUGGUGA